GCGCGCCGCAGCGGUGGUCCUCCGGGUGGGUGGCCACUAGUCUCGCGACGGGAAGUCAGUGUCUCGGCGUCCGCCAACCCCAGACCCCGGCCCCGCGAUCCUGGUCCAAUAGCGCGGGGCGCCCUCCUCCCAGCCGCCGCGGCCAGACUCUGAUGCUGUUCCCUGGUAGAAGAAGAUUGCUCACGGCUCUGCUGCAGGCUCAGCGGUGGCCCUUUCAACCCUCCAGAGACAUGAGACUGGUGCAGUUCCAGGCACCUCGCCUGAUGGGACCUCACCUGGGCCUGGAGUCAGGGAAUGGCGGGGGGGUCGUCAACCUCAAUGCCUUUGACCCAACACUGCCCAAGACCAUGAUAGAGUUCCUGGAGCAGGGAGAGUCCACUCUCUCAGUGGCAAGAAGAGCCCUGGCUGCCCAGCUGCCAGUCCUUCCACGGUCAGAGGUGACCUUCCUGGCUCCAGUCACACGGCCAGACAAGGUGGUGUGUGUGGGCAUGAAUUACGUGGACCACUGCAAGGAACAGAAUGUGCCCGUGCCCAAGGAACCCAUCAUCUUCAGCAAGUUUGCCAGCUCCAUCGUGGGGCCCUAUGAUGAGAUCGUCCUCCCACCUGAGAGCCAGGAGGUGGACUGGGAAGUGGAGCUGGCCGUGGUCAUUGGAAAGAGAGGCAAGCACAUCAAGGCCACAGAUGCCAUGGCUUAUGUGGCUGGCUUCACUGUGGCACAUGAUGUAAGUGCUCGUGACUGGCAAAUGAGGCGCAAUGGAAAGCAGUGGCUGCUGGGGAAAACCUUUGACACCUUCUGCCCCCUGGGCCCUGCCUUGGUGACCAAGGACAGUGUAGCAGACCCACACAACUUAAAGAUCUGCUGCCGGGUGAACGGGGAGGUGGUCCAGAGCAGCAACACCAGUCAGAUGGUGUUUAAGACAGAAGAGCUGAUAGCCUGGAUCUCCCAGUUCGUCACUCUUUACCCUGGGGACAUCAUCCUGACGGGGACCCCCCCAGGUGUUGGUGUAUUCAGGAAACCUCCUGUCUUUCUCAAGAAGGGCGAUGAAGUCCAGUGUGAGAUUGAAGAUCUGGGUGUCAUCAUCAACAAGGUGGUGUGAUGGCUCCUGCUGCAGGCCCGGGACUUAAGACAAGAGGUGGGGCAUCCACUCCCAUUUGGCCCUGUACAGGGCAAGCCCAGUGCCUACCCCCUCAGGCUCCUGGUCUAGGCAGUGGAGGAGGUGGGGCUCUCUUCAGUAAACUCAGA